AUGGCUUCGAACUUGUUUAAUAAUGCCAAUGGCUACUUCGCCGAUAUGGCCCAGAACCUCUCGUCUACCGACCUCCUCUUCAUCUUUCUCUUCGUCUUUCGAUAUCUCCGAUUCAUCGUCCACUUGAUCACAGGAUGUGUCCUCUACAGCCCCGCUCGACAGAAGGAGAAGCCCCGCUACACCAGCUGUGAUGUGGCUGUCAUCAUCCCGACCGUGGCUCCUCACACCAAAGCCUUCCUGAACUGCUGUGAGACUAUACUUGGCAAUCGCCCUAUCAGCCUAGUCAUCGCUACGGUUGGUGUGAAGCUCAAGGAUGAUGUGCUCCAGAUCAUCGACACCCACAAGCUUCGUGAGCGGUUUCCGGACACAGCGACAAUCACUGUUAUUACGACCAACAAGGCCAACAAGCGUAAGCAGAUUGCUCGGGCUAGUCUCGAGAUUGACCCAACUUUCACGCCGAUCACAGUUUGUGUCGAUGAUCAUGUCUACUGGAAGCCCACCUUCCUGACUUCACUUCUUGCGGCCUUUGAUGACCCUGCUGUCGGUUUCGUCGGUACAAACAAAAAAGUCAUCAGAGACAAGGAGGGUGGCUUUUGGAAGUCCUACACUAACUUCCUGGCCUGCAUCUAUUUGUGCCGCCAUAACUUCCAGAUCCGCUCAGAGCCCUACAUCGAUGGCGGUGUCUUUGUCGUCUCCGGUCGCACUUCCGCCCUCCGAACCGAUAUCCUCCGAAACGAGAACUUCAUCGAUGGUUUUCAGAAUGAGCGCUUUCUGUUUGGCCUCCUGGGACCUCUCAACCCCGACGACGACAACUACAUCACCAGAUGGGUGCUCCGCAACGGAUGGAAGAUCCGCAUCCAGUACACCCCAAACUCCAGCCUCCGCCAGGCACAUACAUGGCGCCAUUUCCCCUGGAGUGUCUACGCCAUCUACAUCACCAGCCUCGUCAACUUUGCCAUCGUCUGGGACCCUCUCCUUGUCCGGACCCUCAUGCAUACCAAUUUCUACCUCGAGUCCGACAACCCCUCUCUCCUGGUCGCACUGAUGGUAGCCUGGAUCCUGGGAUCCAAAAUGGUCAAGAUCGCCCCGCACUUUGUGGACCACCCGUCCGACCUCGUCUGGCUCCCCGGAUACCUCGCCUUUGCGUACUGGCACUCGUUUGUCAAGCUGUACUGUGGCGUCACUUUCUGGAACCACGGCUGGAAUGGCCGCAACUUGGGCUUGACCGAGAUCGCCUCUGUCCAUAACUUGGACAAGGAGAAACUUGUGGCCUUUACCAGACCUCGAACCAUGCGGGGCAUCACUGGUCUUUACCGGUCGGACAAGGCGCACUGA